AUGAAGGGAAGAAAAACUAAACCCAGACCUCAAUCGCCACCGCCGAGGGAUGAACAGCAACCUCAGCAACAAUCCAAAGCACCCGUUCCUCGACGACCCAUAAGUAAAACCAGACCUAAGGAUAGUGUGAUCGCACAGACCCGACCCCGACUGCCACCAGUCCAACAGAAACCCAAACCUAUACCACAAGCACCAGAAGAACAGGAGGAACAGCCCCAAGAACUCGAGGAACAGCCACAGGUGUCCAUCGAUGAGCCCAAGUUAGAGCUGGAAAAGCCUAAGAUUCCCAGACCUCAACCCAAACCAGACGCUCAACAGUCGGAGGAACCGGAGGAUCAGUUGCCAGAAGAUGAGGAACCAGAAGAACAACGGCCAGAGCCUCCUAAACAACAACCUAAGCCUAAAGCACCGGCACCUAAGAAACCUGAGCCCAAACCUGACACUCAAUCGCAAGAACAAGAACAAGAAGUAGAUGAAGAGGUGCCACAAGAGCCAGAGUCACCACCGGAACCACCCAAACAGAAGCCAAGAGCGCCCAAACCUCAACCAAAACCUCAACCCAAACCUCAACCCAGACCUCAACCCAAACCAAAACCUACUCCUCAGGAACCAGAGCCUCAAGAACCAGAAGAACCGGAAGAACCACAACAACAGACAGACGAAGUACCCGAAGAGGCAGGAGUUCCUCCACCACCACCGCGACAGCGACCGCAGUCCAGACCACAGAUAAAACCUAAGCCAAGACCCGCACCACAAGAACCAGAAGCACAAGAGCCUGAAGAACCUCAACAGCAAACUGAUGAUGAGAUCCUAGAAGAGCCGCAACCGCCCCGACAGCAGCCAAUAGCUCCCAAACCUAAGCCAAGGCAACCAAAACCCCAACCUCAGGAGCCAGAGAUACAGGAACCACAACAGGAAGAAGAAGUGUCUCCAGAAGAGCCUGAAGAACAGCCCCAACAGAAGCCAAUCGCUGCCAAACCUAAACCCAGACCACAAGAGCCACAGAAACCGAGACAACAGCCCGAAGAGCCACAACAGAAAGAAGAGUCACCACAAGAGCCAGAAGAGGAUAUUUCCGAUUGUCAACGGAUUGGCGGUUGUGAUGAACCACAGGCCGCACAGCCACCGCCCAAACAACCUCCGAAAACCGCUCAAAAGCCUGUCCAACGCCAGAGACCACCUAAACCGGUGGCACCACAACCACAACCGCCUCGAGAAGAACGGUAUGAACAACAAGAGGAACAGUUCGAACAGAUCAAGGAUGACGAGCCCUACCGCAGCGCCCACUACCAGUUCCCCAUGACCAAUGGCGUCCUGUGCGGGCAAUACCCCGAUUGCUACUCACAGCCCACCAAAACUCGUGCGUCCACUAAAAGCUAUUCAAAGCCCGCGUAUAGUCCGCCGCCAACGAAGACUCAGCAACGCAUUGAUACAGACUAUGACAGCGGCGCCGGAUCUCCCGAACCCACCCCUCAGAUACCGGAGACUAACUUUCAGUGCCUUAACAGGGCUUAUGGCUACUACGCUGAUGUCGAGGCCGGAUGUCAGUUUCAAGCUUAA